CCUCCUUCAUGGGUGCAACCCUAAAUGGUGAGUUGUGACAUGUUGGAGGGGUGGGGGCAGAGCUGAUUGCAUAAUGUACCGAUAAGUGUGGAGUCUUCUUGACAUUUGGUCUAUUAGCUGUUUUGGAGUUCGUCCUCAGUGCAGGUCAACAGUGCAGAAACAGCUGGUGCAAACAUGGCUGCCUUCCUUCACCAUUGCCCCUUCUUCAAGUCUGCCACCAAGCCAUCUUUGAGAAGAUCAGGACCCUCCUUGCUGUCACUGGCCAAUCAGUGUCCCAUCAUUGCACGUCAGAUCAGCGUCUCUGGCUUGGCAUCGCUGGAGGCCAAGCUGAGCGCAUUCUAUUCCAGCCCUGACUGUCGCCAGCGUACCACCUUGGCGCAAAGGAGGAUGUUUGCUCAAACGGCUCCUCAGGUGGCCGAGUCUACAUCAAAGGCUUGCCCUUUUGUCACCUCUCGCAUCGGGAUGGUUCGAGCCAGACCUGAAGUGCAGGAGGAUGUCCAAGAGGGCAUGAUGAUCUCGCUGUUGAAAGAUUUAAAGGAGGCUAUUCUCCCGAAACCAUCUCAAAUCAGUACCAUCAGUCACCUCCUCAAAGACAACAUGGCUGGGCCCAGCUAUGAUUAUGACCACUUCUUCUCUGAGAAGAUCGCUGAGAAGAAGAAGGACCACACUUAUCGAGUCUUCAAGACAGUCAACCGUAGCGCCGGUUCAUUUCCUUUGGCUGAGGAUUACUCUGUGUCAGACCGCGAUAGGUCCCAAGUCUCUGUGUGGUGCAGCAACGACUACUUGGGCAUGAGUCGGCACCCACAGGUUAUUAGCACCAUCAGUGAGGCCCUGAGCAGGCACGGUGCAGGAGCAGGAGGCACCAGAAACAUCUCAGGUACUAGUAACUUCCACGUGUCUCUGGAGAAGGAGUUGGCUGAGCUGCAUCAGAAGGACGGUGCUCUUGUCUUCUCUUCCUGUUUCGUGGCAAACGACUCCACACUCUUCACUUUGGCCAGGAUUCUACCAGGCUGUGAGAUUUACUCUGAUGCCGGGAACCACGCCUCAAUGAUUCAGGGCAUCAGGAACAGUGGAGCCAAGCGCUUCAUCUUUCGCCACAACGACAGCCAACACCUGGAGGAGCUACUGAAACGCUCUGACCCGAAGGCGCCCAAAAUAGUGGCAUUCGAGACGGUGCAUUCAAUGGACGGUGCCAUAUGUCCUUUAGAGGAGCUGUGUGACGUUGCUCACCUUUAUGGAGCUCUGACGUUUGUUGAUGAGGUCCACGCUGUUGGCCUGUAUGGAGCCCAUGGAGCUGGAGUGGGAGAGAGGGACAAUGUUAUGCACAAGAUAGACAUUGUGUCUGGGACCCUGGGGAAGGCCUACGGCUGUGUGGGUGGCUACAUCGCCAGCAGCGCCGCCCUGGUGGACACAGUGCGCUCCUACGCGGCCGGCUUCAUCUUCACCACCGCCCUGCCACCGAUGGUCCUGGCCGGAGCCCUGGAGUCCGUGCGUGUCCUGAAGGGCCCCGAGGGACGGUCCCUGCGCAGAGCACACCAGAGAAACGUCAAACACAUGAGGCAGCUUCUCCUGGACAAGGGCCUGCCUGUGGUCCGCUGUCCCAGCCACAUCAUCCCCAUACAGGUGGGUAAUGCUGAGCUGAACACCAAGGUGUGCGACACCAUGCUGGAGAGACACAACAUAUACGUCCAGGCCAUCAACUACCCUACAGUGCCUCGUGGCGAGGAGCUGCUGCGCCUGGCCCCGUCUCCUCAUCACCACCCCGCCAUGAUGGAGUACUUUGUGGGUGAGUGGCUGUUUCAGAGAAACUGGUGGACGUGUGGCAGGAGGUGGGACUCAAGCUUAACAACUCUGCUGCUGCUUCCUGCACCUUCUGUGACCGCCCACUGCACUUUGACCUCAUGAGUGAAUGGGAGAAGUCCUACUUUGGCAACAUGGAGCCCCAAUACAUAACUGUGUCUGCAUAGAGAACACAGAAUCUCAUCUACAACAUAUAUUUUUAAUUAUGUCUAGCUUGCAUUAACACAAUCACCUCUUGCUUUCUGUGUGAUAAAGAAAAUACAUUUCGAUGUACCUCAUAUCAAUAUAAAGAAUUGGAUUGUAUAAAUGCCAGGUAAUGUGUAUUUGCCGCUCUAGUUUUAAAGUGUAAAUCCUGCACAAUAGGCACUUUCUUAUCUAGAUAUGUUUGUUUGACUUAAAAAAAUAUAUGUGAAUUAACCAAUUUGGCCUUCAAAUUGAGAAAAAAAUGUCACACAUUGACAAGAAGGUUUAUAAUGUAUGCAUUUGUGAUUAUAAAUAUGAUAAUAAAAUAUUGAAUACAUUGAGACUGGCAACAAAUAUUCAGCUGUAUAGCUAUUUUAGAUUCUGAUACUUCAAAUUGUUGUAGGAAAAUUAGAUAAAUACUAAUAAAUACUUAUCUUAACCAAAAAAAUAGCUUAGGGCUAAUAUUUAUCACAAACAUUGUAUUUCAUGUUUUCUCCAAUUAUUAUACAAUACUGUGAAGUGUUUUAAAUUGUAUUGAUUGUAAUACUAAUUGUAACUAAACAAAUAGAUUAGGUUAGUAUUCAUUUCAAAUGUAUUUCAUGUUAUCAAAACGUGUAUGAAACAAUCUGAAGUAUCAAGAUCUAAAAUAACUAAGUGUAUAAUUGUGUUAAAAUAUUGUAUAUGUUGUAUGUGCCCAGGCACAGUUCUUUUCAUGUUGCUUGAACAAAGUACAGUUACAACAUGA